AUGAAGAAGCUAUACCGUAAAGGAACCGUACACCCGUCGCCGCAGAUAAAAUCCGACGACCACCUUUUCCCUAUUCUUCCUGUCGCCAUCUUCUCGCUUGCGGCAGUUCUCUCGCCGGAAGACCGUGAAGUUCUUGCUUACCUCAUAUCAACCGCCUCUUACUCCGGCGACCGAAACCCUACCUCUCGCCUGAAUAAAACCAAAGCCCACAAAAAAUCCCAUUUUGGCAAUCACUCUCCUCUCUUCCACUGUGACUGCUUCAGCUGCUACACGAGUUACUGGGUCAGAUGGGACUCGUCACCGAGUCGACAGCUGAUUCAUGAAAUCAUCGACGCUUUCGAAGACAGCUUGGAGAAGAAGAAGCAAACGAAGAAGAAGAACAUGAGUGGAAAGAAAGACCGAAGAAAGCGUUCUGGGAAAUCUUCAGCUCUCGCUACUUCUAGCUUUGGCAAGGAUGAUUCGGAGAUUCCGAGUCGACUCGUUGACUCAAUUGCGAGUCCGUGUCCGUGCUCUAGUUCGAGCGAGUUGGGUGAUGGUGGUAGUUGCAAAAGCGGUUUAGAGUUGGCGGCGGAAAUCCGUGCUGGCGACGGUUGUGAAGAGGCGGAGGCGGUGGAGGAGGAGGAGAAGGGAUCCGUAAGGAGAUUUGUGAAUUUCAUUGGUGAGAAAGUUUUUGGUGUUUGGGGAUAA